CGUUCGCGAACGUCACAUCUCUAGCAUGGACUCGCUCGCGCUCAUGAACCGCGCAGAACCGUUAUCCAAGCUAGCCAAGCUGUCAUCAUCAACGCUCAAGCGUCUUCAGACCAACGUCGAGGACUCCCUACCGUCCCCGUUUGGCCUUGUUUUCUACACUCAGUGGGCCAAACUGAAAAGAUACUUCCACGUUUUAUUUGUUUCAAGGCCGAGAAGCAGUUUCAGUGGAAGACAUUUUUUUCUGCAAUUACAAGAAGGCACAAGAGAUGAAGUUGGACCGGGGCUGGAUGAGGCUGCUGCUCCUGUUCUCUCUGGCUCUGGCAGCUUUGGCUGCCCAGGAGAGUCAGUUGGAGACCGAUCUCUUUGAUGUUGAUGACGAUAUAGGCUUGGACGAGGAGGAGUUAGAUGUUCUGAUGGGGGAAGAGGAAGAAGAAGAAGAAGAAGAGGCCACAGUGAUGGAUGAUGACAACUUUGACACGACAGACAGCGAGGACAUUCUGAAAGAGAAUGAUGGAACAGAUGGAAAUGUCUCCUUCCAGGUAACAUACAAGACCCCUGUUCCAACUGGAGAAGUCUACAUGGCAGAGACGUUUGAUGAUGGAUCAUUGGACAGAUGGCAGCUUUCAAAGACGGUUAAGGGAGAUGCAGAUGAUGAGGUUGCCAAAUAUGAUGGGAAGUGGGCUGUGGAACAGCUGAAGGAAAACAAAGUUCCAGGAGACCUCGGCCUUGUUCUGAAGUCCCGAGCAAAACACCAUGCAAUUUCGACCAUGUUGAACAAACCCUUCGUCUUUGAGGAUGAUCCUUUGGUCCUGCAGUAUGAGGUGAAUUUCCAGGAGGGAAUCGACUGUGGUGGAGCAUAUAUCAAACUCCUUUCAGACACUGAUGAUCUCACUCUGGAGCAAUUCCACGACCGUACACCAUAUACCAUCAUGUUUGGACCGGACAAGUGCGGCGAGGAUUACAAGCUGCACUUCAUCUUCCGCCAUCAGAACCCCCUGAACAAAGACCUGGAGGAGAAGCAUGCAAAGAGGGCUGACGUAGACCUCAAGAAGUUCUACACUGACAAAAAGACUCACCUCUAUACUCUGGUUCUCAACCCAGACAACAGCUAUGAGAUGUUCAUCGACCAGUCCAGUGUGAGCCGCGGCAGCAUGCUGCAUGACGUGGUGCCUCCAGUCAACCCUCCAAAAGAAAUAGAUGAUCCCAGUGACUCCAAGCCAGAUGACUGGGACGAGAGGGCAAAGAUUCCAGACCCUGAGGCAGUCAAGCCAGAUGACUGGGAUGAAGAAGCUCCAGCAAAGAUUGACGACCCUGACGCACUGAAGCCGGAGGGCUGGCUGGAUGACGAACCAGAGUUUGUCCCCGACCCUAAUGCUGAGAAACCAGAGGACUGGGAUGAAGAGAUGGAUGGUGAGUGGGAAGCCCCACAGAUUCCUAACCAAGCCUGUGAAACGGCUCCCGGGUGUGGAGAGUGGAAGCGUCCUAUGAUCAACAACCCUCAGUACAAGGGCAAGUGGAAAGCCCCUCUGGUGGACAAUUCUAACUAUCAGGGAGUCUGGAAGCCUGGUAAGAUCAAUAACCCGGAUUACUUUGAGGACCUGCAGCCGUUCAGGAUGACACCAUUCAAGGCUCUUGGCUUGGAGCUGUGGUCAAUGACCUCUGAUAUCUACUUUGACAACUUUAUUAUCACAUCUGACAAGGAGGUGGCCGACCGCUGGGCCUCUGACAGCUGGGGGCUGAAGAAACUGGUGGCUAGCGCUAACGAGCCUGGGAUUUUUGCCCAGCUGAUGUUGGCAGCAGAGGAGCGACCAUGGCUCUGGGUGAUCUACAUUCUGACAGUUGGCCUGCCUGUAGGAUUGGGUGUGCUCUUCUGCUGGCCAAAGAAAUCAGAAGAUGAAUUCAUGUACAAGAAAAUGGAUCCACCCCGUGCUAGAGUAGAAGAAGAGGAAGAGGAAGAUGAAGAACAAGAGGAGGUUGCUGCAAACGAGGAAGACAAAGCAGGCGAGGCAACAGAGGGAGCAGCAGCUGCAGCAACAGAAGAAGUCGAGGAAGAAGAAGAUGAGGAGGAGGAAGAUGAAGAUGAGGAGGAGGAGGAGGAGGAGGAAGAAGAAGAAGAAGAAGAGGAAGAAGAAGAGGAAGCCGAUGCAGGAGGUGACAAUCUAGAGGUGGAUGCUGAGGAACAAGAGGUGGAGAACGGAGAAGAGGAAAGCAAAGCUCCUGAGAGGACAUUAGAGGAAGAGCAGCCGAAGGAGGUAGGAGACGUAGCAGAGGAGAGCCACAAACAAUCCGUGAGAAAAAGGAGAGUACGGAAAGACUGAAGAGGUGAACCCCCCCUCGCCUACAGUCUCCUUGCUCCCCUGGUACGGAGGAGGUUGGAUGAAAGGGCCCUCUCGACUGCUGCUGCCCCUGGUGUGUGAAGCAGCAUGAAUUUCCUCCAAAACCACCUGGUAGCCUGCAGUCUCCCCAGCUGCCCCAUCCAAAUCCUCUCCAUCCCUUUGGCUACACCCGUCGCAGGUCUGCAGUCACCCAAACCACGUCCUAUCAUACCCCUUCUCUCAUCUUGUCUGCUUGUUGAACUAUCAGAUAAAUUCUAUUGAGAUUUUGUGCAUUUUGCUGUUUCCCCUGUCUGUCUUAAGCUUCUAGUCUUUUACCCCUCUUCUCCUCUCAAUGCCAUCCUUGUCAAAAUGCCUGCUUAAGAAGCCCUCCCUCCUGCACCUCGGUUCCUGUUUUCCUUCUCUAUGCUGUCAGUCUUCCCUCUGAAAAAAUAUCACCACAGAUCUCAGAGUGUGUCCUCUGAGAGUGAGGGCAGCAGCUGCCCUGCUGUUGCCUCUAGUCGUUCAUACCAGUUUACAGUGCAUCUUAGGGGCCACAUCUCUGACGUACAACUUUAUUCUCAUGUCCUUUGUUUGAGAACAUGUUCAAGGACAGUUCAACAAAGUUCCUUCCUUGUUCUGAGUUGUUUUCGUUUGUUGGAGAAGGUGAAGGGAAGGUGUGAAGAACAGCUGUUUGAGAUCAUGCGGGACAUUUCAGCUGAUGAAUCACCUCAGUUUAGGUUUAAAAUGUUACCUCUUUAAAGAAAUUGAUCAUCUGUUUAGAUUUUAGGUAGUUUGUAAAGAGCACCAGUUACUUCUUUGUCUUUUACUAAGUUAUAGCAGUUUUAAAAUUGAGAGUUAGCACUGAUAAACAUAUUUAUUGUAAUGUUUUUGUUUCAUUUUAUGCCAGUUACAGAUUUAAAAAUGCAGUGUUUUUGAGUGAAAUAUGAAAUACCACUGAUGUUUUGAUUCUGAGCCUGUCUGUUUGAAUUGCUUUACCGGAGUAAAGUUCAUGAUCAAAAUA